AUGCCAGUUGACUUCAUUCUGGUUACGAAUGAAAGGGACUCUCUGAUUUUUGAGUGUGAACUCAACUGUGAGUCACUGUCACCACUGGCAAUGCUGGUAGCCUAUUCAGGAAUAGAGAACAAGGGUGAAUGCUACGACAGUCUCGUUGCCCAUAGACACGUCUGUGCCCAGGGGUGUAAGAUAGUGCUUGUUACGAGUAGACCUGAUGUAGGUGGGAUGCUCAUUGCUACUGAGAAGUUGUUGAAUAGGAUUCUACUACGACCAGAAGUACUUGCUGAUGACUGGAUUGAUGAGAGUGAAUUUGAGACAAAAUUAAGGGAGAUAUACGUUGAGUCAUUUGUGGGGUAG